AAAAAUAAAACCAAGAGACUAGACUAUUUAUAUGUCCAAGAACUCAGACUUCAUUUUCAUCUCAACUGAUCACAUUAAUCCAUGGAGAAUACAAGUCAUCUCUGUUCUGAAUUCAUCAAUGUCCUUCGUAGUCGUCGUCCUUCUCAAGUUCCACUAUCUGUGGUACCUGGGGAACCUGUGGAGGAUCCUUUCUUUCAGGAAAAUCCAAAGCCAAAAUUCAGUGAGGCAAUGGCUUCAUGCCCAAAGGAAGAUAUACCCAAUUUUAAGGAACUGCUUCAAGAGGAAAAUUUCUACUUGACGACCGAGGAAGGGGAGCAAGGUCUCUUGCCCGUAUUGGUAUUGAGCAUGAAAGAAAGCGAAAAGAGGCGGCGGCCUACUAUUGUUUUCCUGCAUAGCACGCACAAAUGCAAAGAGUGGUUGAGGCCAUUGCUUGAGGGAUAUGCUUCAAGGGGAUAUAUCGCUGUUGCAAUUGAUUCUCGAUACCAUGGAGAACGUGCAACCAGCUUGACAACCUAUCGAGAUGCCCUAGUGUCAUCAUGGAAAAAUGGCGAUACGAUGCCGUUCAUAUUUGAUACGGUUUGGGACUUGAUAAAACUGGCUGAUUAUCUUACUGAGAGGGAAGAUGUUGACCCAUCAAAGAUAGGAAUCACUGGCGAAUCUCUUGGAGGUAUGCAUGCUUGGUUUGCUGCAUUUGCUGACACUCGCUAUUCUGUGGUUGUCCCCAUAAUUGGAGUUCAGGGUUUUCGAUGGGCUAUUGAGCAUGAUAAGUGGCAAGCAAGAGUUGACAGUAUCAAAGCUGUCUUUGAAGAAGCACGUGCUGAUUUAGACAAGAGUACAAUUGAUAAAGAAGUAGUUGAGAAGGUCUGGGACAGGAUUUGCCCGGGUUUGGCCUCUCAAUUUGAUGCACCAUACACAGUUCCAACUAUUGCACCACGCCCUUUUCUGAUUUUAAACGGGGAAGAUGAUCCUCGUUGCCCACUACGUGGCCUGGAAAUUCCAGUAUCAAGAGCUCGCAAAGCUUAUGAAGAGGCUAAUUGUCCUCAGAAUUUCAAGCUUAUAGCGCAACCUGGAAUUGGUCAUCAAAUGACGCCAUUGAUGGUAAAAGAAGCAAGUGACUGGUUUGACAGAUUUCUUAUUAAGCGUAAUACCAGUGCUUGAAUCUAUUUCCUGCAAUAAUUUUGAAGGAUAACUGUUAAAGAUUGCAAGUUGUAUCAUUGGCUUGUAUUUGGUCUUCCAUUUCUUUUCAUUUUAUGGCAACUAAGUUUUUCAUGGUGGGUCGAUUUUUGCCCGAAGUUGGACGGAAGAACUAUUCUCCAGAGAAGUUGAAUAUAAGGAAAAUGAAUGUCUACAAACCA